AUGCCAAGCCUACCGCCAUCGAAGCUGACUUUGAAGGUCGGUACACCGAUUAUGCUGAUCCGCAACCUACGCCAAGAAGACGGCCUCUGCAAUGGCACCCGUCUCAUCAUUACAGGUCUAUACCAAUGGAAUAUCACCGCCCAGAUCAUCGCUGGCGACCACAAAGGGGCGGAGCACACAAUCCCCCGUAUCCCGUUGGAAACGUCCGAAGGCCAGCUAUCCUUCACUCUCCGCCGGGUGCAAUUCGCUAUCCGCCUCUGCUUUGCUAUGACGAUUAAUAAGAGCCAGGGACAGUCAUUGAAACAGGUGGGCGUAGACCUUCGUGUUCCAGCCUUCUCCCAUGGGCAGCUAUACGUCGCGCUCUCGAGGGUGACAAAUGUAGCCAAACUAUCGAUCCUACACGCAAAGAGCUUAGAUGCAACGGAAAAUGUUGUGUUUCCAGAGGUCUUACAACGCUUCUGUACUACAGCAUUGGCGGUAGAAGUUAGUUAA